AUGGACGACGACUUUGGUGAUGAUGCAGACUUUGACGCUGCUCUUGCUGCCGCUAAAAGGUCUUCCUCUGCGCCAAAGUCGUCUGGACCAUCCAACAGCAGUGGCCCACCGAAAGUUGUCCAGCCAAAACCACAGGCACUUGCCUCCCGACAGGGUCCAUCUGCCGUUCUUGUAUCUACACGUCAGAAGGGAAAUCCCAUCUUGAAUUAUAUUCGCUCGCUGCCAUGGGAAUACUCCGACACACCAGCGGACUACAUACUCGGCACUACUACCUGUGCGCUCUUCCUCUCGCUCAAGUACCAUAGACUUCAUCCGGAAUAUAUCUAUAGUCGCAUUCGUGCUCUCGGCAAAAUGUACAAUCUGCGGAUAUUGUUGACAAUGGUGGAUAUUACGAAUCAUGAAGAAGCGUUGAGAGAACUGUCCAAGACGUCCAUGAUCAAUAACCUAACCUUGAUAUUAUGUUGGUCGGCGCAGGAAGCUGGGAGAUACCUGGAGCUCUUCAAGUCAUAUGAACAUGCAUCACCCGCAUCAAUCCGCGCCCACCAAGCUGAGAGCUAUCGAGAAAGCCUGACCGAGUUCGUUACCACACCUAGGAGCAUCAACAAGACAGACGCUGCGAGCCUGAUCUCAAAUUACGGUACCCUGAGAGCCGCGAUUAAUGCUCCGCCAGAGGAACUAGCGCUGAUACCAGGAUGGGGAGAGAAGAAGGUGAAGGAUUGGUGUAGCGCUGUAAGAGAGAACUUUCGAGUUCGAAAUGCUGCAAGAACCGGUGCUACACUGCAGAGGAAUGAAAGCUCGAUGGGAAUGAUUGAUGAAGGGGAGGACAGCAGAGCCUCGAAUCGGCAGACACCAAUACCUAUCAGCAUGAUUCCAAGUCGAGAGGCAUCAGGACUGGGUAUGUCGAGAAAAGAUACUACACCUGAGCCUACUUCGAAACGGCGACGGAUUGAAGAAGUUGCACAUGCAGAAAUCAGUUCUGAUGAGGAAGCUGCGAUGAUCGCUGCGGCAGAAGAUGAACCUGUCGCUCCGCAUGGUAUGGUACGCAAGGAUUCCAGCAGGGCCGGAGAAACCAUGAGCGAAGGCAUCGCAGCUGCGUUGGCCAAACUUCGAGAGAAAGCUUAA